AUGACCGACAAUCAAAUCAAAAUUAAACCCGAGGCUGAACAUACCGACAAUAUUGGAACCCGAGUUGCCAAAAGACUGAGCAAGCGAUUGUCUAUGAGUAGUGGAAGCAAAGAGGGCUCCAGUCAUGCAAGCGGCCAGGACACGAUACUCGACAGAAGUGCUUCUAUCAGAGAUGAAAUGAGCCACGGAAACUUCAACGGCGCCAAGGACAUCAUUACCGGCGGCCAAAACACCAAGGAAUCCACGAGCCAAGGUGGUGCCAGCGGAGCCUCGGGCAGCACCGGAGUCAAUAAACCAGACAUGAGCAAGGAAAAUGCCAAGGAGACUGGACAGCAAAUCAACAAAGGAAUUAGCCAGGACAAUUCCGCAACGGCUUCUCCUGAUGAAACAAGCAAGGAACAGCGGAACGUUGGUAGUCCACCUGUCAUUCAACUCAGGAAAGACAGUGCCAAAGACAGUGCCAGUAAAGACAAUUCCGAAAAAGAGUCGACUGGCGCAUCCGACAAGAAGGAGCAAAGCAAUGACCAGAUGGACCGUCGAGGCAGCGUCGCCGCCGGAAUACUCGAACCUAACUACGAUAUUCGCAAGGGCCCUAUCACCAAGGAAGGAACAUUUCAAGAGAAGAACUUCCACAACAAAACUGGCCGAGAGACUAUCAUGAAGAGAGACGGCGGCGUCACCAGCAAGAGUCUCACCGAGGCAGACGCCAACUCUCAAGCCAGCAAGGGAAAUGCCACUGGAUCAAGCAUCGACCGGCAAGGUCUUUCCCAAGCUGGCACUGCCGACACUGCAGACACUGCAGGGUUGAGCAACGACAAGAGCAAAUCAAGCACCGCCAAGCGUAACUCUUCCCAGUUUCCCUCUGCCGUAGCACCAAGCAAUGCGAAAGACAGCUCAGCUCAAUUGAAGAACGGAGGAGCCAACGCUGGCAAUGAUUUCAGCGAUGACUUCAUCCAGAACGAACUUCACGACCAGGAAACCAUCGGCGGAGACGUUUUCGACGACAGAACCGGCGACAAAGGUCUUUCCAAAGAACCUGGUGAACACGACAUGUCGAAGUCUCGUGCCAACCAAAAGAACCUUCAACAACAAGGUUCCAAGACUUCGCAAAUGCCAGGAGCCGAACAGGACCCUGCGGCUGCGGCUGCAGCUGUCAUCGGCGGCGGUGGAAUGAGCAAAGCGACUAGCAGCCAGACCACUACCACCAAGGAUCAGUCAAGCAAAAGUUAUUCAACCUCUGGAAUCAGCCAGGCGGGUCGCAAGGAACUUGCUAAUACAAGUGAUCUUGCCUCCACAAGCCCAAAGAGUCAGCUUCAACCCACUGCCAGUGCAGUCGAUCCUGCAAGCAUCAAAAAUUCGGCCACCGACAGCCAAGCAACGAAGAGCACCUCCGGAGCAAAUCUGGACCAAAGCAUUGGCCAAGGCUUCGACUCUGCUAUUCCACCAACAAGUGCUUAUUCUAGCAUCGGUGGCAUGAGCAAGGCUAGCGACAUGGGCCAGACUAGUAAUCUGGGCCAAACUAGUGGCAUGAGCCAAAGCAGCAGCAUGGCCCCAAUCAGUGGUAUUAGCCAGGUCAGUGGCUUGCGCUCUGCUACUGCUAGCCAGCAAAACCAGUCCACAUCCAGCAAUGCGUUCUCCGGCAACGGCCAAACUACCCAAGCGGCCAUGGUUGGAGGAGGAAGACUGCAGAAGAGUGGCGUAUACGGUAGUACCAGCAAGAGUGAAGCCAGCAAUGCACUUGGCAGCGGAACUGGAACCAGCAGUACCGGCACGGGUGGUAUGAACGGAGCAGCUACGAAGCGCACUGUCAGACAGCUCAGUAGCGGUGGUUUCAAGGUUACUGUUCUUCAAGAGAAGGUCCAGGCUGUGUCCCAGAAGUGCAAGACCCAGCUGGGUCUGUCUUCCGAUGAGAUCACUCGCCGCAGCCCUACGGUUGACUCUUUCUUCGACGCUGUUGCUACUGAGCGUCUCCGUUGGAUGCCUAGCGACGGCAGCAAGCUUGACUGUUGCCUCAGAUGGGCUUCCAGACUGGCAUAUGCUGUUGACGCCCUCAGAGAGUCUGUCGGAGUCUUUGCACCUGCUGCCAACGAAGCUGCAAUGCUCAUCUGGGGAUUUUGCAUCCUGCUCUUGGAAUCUGACAUUGACAACACUGAUGUCUUUGAAAGCGUCUUUGGCCGAUACGGUCGUGUUGCUGUGGGUAUCUACUUGCUGCUCCAGUAUGAGACCGCGUACAAGUCAUCUCCUGAGCUUCAGCCAGAGGUUGCCGCAGUCUUCUCCGACCUGCUUGAAAUGGUUUGUAGCACAACCGCAAGCUGUGUCGAGGGAUUCAAGAGCAAGGAGUCUGACCAGGUCAUUGGACGCAACGUGGACGCAGCAUUUGUGACCUAUGCCAAGCGCUACUCUACUCAUUGGAACUGCGUUGUCGACUCUCAUACCUUCAAGCUUGUGAAGAAUAGCUCGCAGAUCUAUUCCUCCCCAGAGCUGGGUAGCUUGCGACAAUUCCUGGGGGUACAGGACCGCCCUCUCCAGUUCAUUCUAGAUUCUCGCGCCCAUAAUCUCGUGGAAGGAUCAUUCGAAUGGUUCAACAACACUCUCUAUGAAUUCACCGUUGCUACCAACCCUGUGAUGCUCAUCACAGGUGGAGCUGGCUCUGGCAAGAGUGCCAUGGCUCAAUGGACUGUUGAGAGACUGCAGGAGUCAGCUGAGCAUGAUAGCUGGAAUGUCAUUCCGUACACAAUUCGGGCUGAUAUCCCCGUCGCUACUCUGCCUCUGCGCAUCCUGAAGGGUGUCCUGCACCAGAUGUUAGAUCACUGUGUUAGUGAUAUCCCAACGCAGGAGGCAAUUCUUGUCGAUGUUGCCAAGGCAGCCCAAGGUGCCAUUGAUGGAGCUGGCGACGACGAAGUCGAAGAGUCUUUGUGGAAGGGAAUUCGAACUGGUUUAUCUUCCAACAUCCAGUACAUGUUUGUGAUUGAUGGCAUCGACCAGAUAAAGGGCGGAGAUACUGAGGCUGUGGCUUGUCUGGAUCACUUCUGUGAUAUUCUUGCCAAACAAAAUGCUGGAUCUAAGAUGAUCGCCUUCACCCGGCCGCUCAGCUCGAAGAUGGGCUCCAAGAACGUCCAGCAGUUCAAUCUGCAGACUUCUCAGACGAAAACAGAUCUUACAGCCUACGUGAACAAGAUGCUCGCGUCCGGCGCUAAUUUCGACACUCUCAAGGGCAAUCAGCUUGACUCAGCGGUGGGUUCCAUCGUAAAACGAUCACAGGGCUCUUUCACCUGGGCAGAGAUGGCGGUUGCAUAUGCCAAGCAGCAAAAGACAAUGAGCCAGGCUGUUCUGUCCGUGCAAAGCUUGCCGCAGUCAAUGCCGGAUCUUCUUGACUUCCACUCCACGAACGUCGACUUCAGCCAACACGGAACUCUCAAUAUCGUUUCCUGGCUUGCAGCUGCAGAGAGACCCUUGCUUGUCGAGGAAAUUGAGCACCUCUUGAAUGUGGACCCCAAGGGCCCUAGCUACGUGUCUAGUAAACUCAUUGAUAGCCAUGACACUUUGAAUGCGCUGAGUCCCUUAGUCAUGACACGCGAUGGUGUGGUGUCCUUUGCCCACACCUGCAUUCGUGACCACGUCAUCAGCCAGGCGAAGUCUUCUGGAUCCAGGUCUAUCAAUCUCAGAGAGGCCCACUACGACUUGCUCAUUCGAUGCCUUUCGUGUGUGCAGCUCAGCGUGCAAGAGGAAGUUGAUAUCUCUAUGGACAAGCUUAGCAUGGAGGAGCGAAACCACCUAUUUGACAAGUACGCCGUCUUGGAAUACACCGCACGCUAUUGGCUGUCGCAUCUGCUGUCCUCACCGUUGGUGACCGAUGACGGGGAGUUCCAAUUCGACACUGGCUUCAAGAAACUCCUGCCGGCCACUGUUCUCUUCGCUCGUCUGGAAUUGACUUGCCGCGAGUCCCAGUUCACUCGCUCCAGUGUUGUCGAACUUUACCGACUUGCAAGUGAUAUUCGCCGAGUUGUUCUUGGAGACAAGAACAUGGCCUUGCUACAAAGUCUGCUUCUCAGUUCACGCGUUGCCAAGCUGGCUCACGCUAGCCAUGCCGAUGAGCACUGCUAUGAAGCGUGGAAGCUGAGCCAGGAGCUCCUUGGACAGUCACAAACCACUACCCUGACAUGCUCCGAGAUGAUGACCCAGUCCUUCUCUGAGAAAGGAACCCUGACUACCCAGCAGGAGGAUAUCAUGAGAUACUUGAUCCUGACCGACACCGAGAUCACUGGUGUUGAGUUCAACCAGCGCCUGAAGUAUCUCGGCAUCAUUGUCAGCAUGUACAAGUCGCGAAGUGACCAGAACUCCGCGUUGCUUAUCUCGAAGCAAUUCUACCAGCAAGUUCUUCAGAAGUACGGCACGAACUCUCAUCAGUCUUCCGAGACUGCCGACUUCUUGACUGCACAAUUCUCCACCACUGGAAGCGAUGAAAUGAGUCGAGACAUUGCCAGAACCAAGUACGACAAUGUUGUCCGUACCAUGGAAGUCACCGACGAGCGUCGAAUCAACUAUACUCUUUACAUGGCUCAGAUGUACGAACAGCAAGGGGACUUUGCUCACUCCCAAGCCGUGCUUUCUAGCCUUUGGGCAGGUCUGAACUCGCGUGACAUAGACUCUGUCGACAUGAUGGAUAAGAAGGCCAAUGUGGCUCUCUUGUACUAUCAGUUCCUUCGCCGCCACGGCCGAAACGACGAAGCCGAAGUCAUCAUCCGUGAACUAGUCGCUGAUCUUGAGGUUACUGGUGUCCACUCCUCGGAUAUGAUGCACCGUGUGCACCUUCUGAGGACCGAAACACAAGAGAUGCAUUUGUGGGGCCUCGAUCGCACUUUGUCGGUGCUCAUGUGGCGAUACUACAAGGAGACUAACCAGGAGUAUUCUGAGGAUUCCACUGCUUUGGCCCUGUCAAUUGCCCAAAGCAUGUCCAACUCUGUCUCGAUGGAGCGAGCAUCUUCGCUCUCUGUCAAAGACCGCAAGUUGUUGGUUGAGCUGCUGGAUGUCAUUUCGGCAAGCUCGAGUAACAUGACUGUCACCACCUUGAUCAUGUGCCACAACCUCUCCAGCAUCUACAUUCAGGAGGAAGAUUGGUCUCAAGCUAGCGAAUGCUCGAUGGCUGUCCUGCAGCACAUCUGGCCAACUGUCGAGCAGCCAAAAUCCCACAAGAAGUUCUCUACUCAGCUGGCACCUCCUGUUGCAGAUCUUGCCCUGGUCCUGGCUUACUGCCACUUCCGCAGACUGCAUUUGGAACAGGCAACAAAUGUUUACGACAAUGCAUUUGGGUCUUUGGUUGCAUCGGACAAGGUUCCAGUUCCGUCUGUCCUCGCCGUUGCCAAGGCUGUGGUCGAAUUCUACGAGACUUCCUACCAGUUCACCAAGGCGUUGACUCUACUCCACACUGUCAGCAACUUCCUGACAUAUCGCCUCGGAGAGAGUCACAAGCAUACCAUCGACAACAUGUAUCUCGAGGCUGCUCUGGCAACUCGCCUAGAGAUGACUGGCGAGGCCAAGAGCACGUACGAGCGUAUCUACAAUGUCACCUCUCAGGAUGGAAAGAUCGCCCCGGAGGGUAUCGAUGCUGCCAUUGCUCUUAUUGCUCUCUAUGAAGGAGAAAUGCAGUGGGAAUCUGCCCUGGGUGUCUAUCGCUCGCUCUGGCCUACUCUUGUUGUCGAAGAUAACAAGAAGCAUACGUUCGACCAGAUCCUGGUGGAUCGCAUGUUGGAGAAGACCUAUCUUGGCUACAUGUCUAUUCUGACAACCCGUAAGACAGAGAGCUCUGAUUUCGCCGAGCGAUAUCAGGUUGCUUCAGACUAUGUCAUGACCUGUCGCCACGUGCACGGUCCUACCAGCCAGAAGACGCUCAAUGCCACUUUGCUGUUUGCUGAGCUAUGCGAGAGCAGCGACUCCCACAUUGAUCAGGCUAUCGCCUUGUACAAGCAGCCUCUACAAAUCAGUGAAUGGGUGGAUCCCUCUCAGUCAUCCAGGAGUCUCGAUCAGAUGACGCAGCCUCUGCCAAUUACGCUCAAGCAUAAGCUUGCACAGCUCUAUGUUCGGAAACACGAUUCGACUAGUGAAGCUCGCUAUCUCUACACAGAGGAGUUCCAGCUGGCCAAAAAGACCCAGGGCUACUUCUCCUCCACGACCCUGUCCUGGCUGCGCGAGCUCGCAAUGGCCCACUCGAGACAGGGAACUUCGACUUCUGUUCAGCAGGGCAAUGCAAUUCUCCACACUUUCGUCACAGAUGUAUUGCACGCUGGUGGUGAUCCUGAUCAGAUGGGUGACUGGGCUCGCAAGAUUGCUUCUAUCUACCUUGAGUGCGGAUUCAUUGAAGGCGGUAACAGUAUGCUUGAUGAACUGCGCCACCGCGUUGUGUACAGUUCUGAGGCUUCUGCUAUGGCUCUUCACGACCGUCGCGACGCCGUCUUUGUCGCUGGGUUCGAGGAAGUCUUUGGCCGACGCGCUACUUACAGCCAGAUUAUGACCGAAAUGACCCGUGAGACGUCCACUUACCAGGCUUUCUCCACCAGUCUCACUGGCCACGAUUUCAUCCCUACUCUGAUCACGGGCCACAUUCUGUAUAAUCUACAGUCCGAACAGAAGCGCGUCCGCGCUGCCGCAGAUACCAAGGACAAGCUGUACGACUACUUCUGCUCCAACCUCUCGGCCACCAAUGUCGCCGACAAGGAAAUCGUACAGCAAUUCUACCAGAUCUGCCUGCAUGAGGUGCACAACGAGAACUACAGAAUGAACAUUCUCACCAAGACAGCGGACACCGUCCGUCUGUUGUGCAACUCAUCCUGCUUUGAGGAUGCAACUAUCCUGACAGGCGUGCUGCACUCGUUCAUUCACCUCACCGAAAGUUUGAACAACUACAACAGUAUCAAGACAGCCACACAGAUCUGUCUGUACUUGAGCGGCCACAAGGCGGCCAAAUGCACAGACAACAAGACCUAUCACGGCAUGUCAGUCAAGUCCAAGAUGCUUCUUCAGGAGAUUAUGGCAGCAUCCAAGUCCAUCGGAAUCGACAUGGUGGACCUGCCAUUCAACGACCUGAACGAAAUCAUCACCCUUCUAGGCGAAUACGAUAUGUUCGACGAGCUCGAGGGAAUUCUCACCCAACUCUGGACAUCACGUAUCGUCCAGCGUACCUGGACACCGGAUGUAGUUGUCUGGAUUGGUCGCCGUCUGGUAGAAACCCGCUUCUGCCGCGGCCAUGUCGACUCAGCUAUCCAGCUUUGCCGCGACAUCUGCUACAACUUGCGCCAGCUGCUUUCUGGUCUGUUCACUGCGUCGGAUAACCACCAGUCGGCCGCUACUCUCCACGAAGGAGUUUUGUACGAUUUGCUCGGCGACAACGAAGCUAAGGGUCAUGCCCGUGCUGCCGAUACUGCUUUGCAGCACAUGGAGCUACUCCGCCGUGCUCAAGGUCGCAUGGGUGCUGAUCAGACCUCGCGCAGAGCCUCAGCUCACGCAGAUCUGUUCCAGCAGCUGGGAUCCCGCUUUGGUAUCGAGUCUGAGACAAUUCAGAGCGUUGGUGAAGCCAAUGGCGGCGAGCAAUUUGGAAUGUGGUCUAAGCCUCGCCGCUUCAGUCUGGAUGUCGACGAUCUGGAAGAGGAGGGCAAAGCUCACCACAAUCAUCUUCGUGAGUCUAGUGGUGCUGGUUUGUAUGGCAGUGGUGCUCCGAGACGUAUCUCGGUCCAGGCGCUUUAA